AUGCCGCCUGGAACAUUUGAUGCAUGCUGUGGCAAAUCAAGGUCGCUUAGAAAAGCACUGACAUCUCAAGGUCAUGAUCAUGGUGGUGAAUCAGAUCAUAGUAUUGAUGUGUUCUUGACACCAAAUAAAUCUGAUCCAUUUAUAAGUAAUCUGGUAUCACCAAAUAAAGAUAAUCCAAUUAUAAGUGAUUUGUUUUAUACUGAUAAUAAUGCUGAAAAAUCUGUUAUAAAGGGUAAACCUGAUGAGGAUGAUAAAAAAAAUUUUGAUCUGGCAGAUAUUAGAUUAGUAGUGGCUGAUGUGUUUGAAAAAAGUAAUGUGGUUAAAAGUAUUAGUGCCAUUGAAUCAUGUAUUAAACAGUUAGGAGGCAUUAUCUCAACAAUAAGGGGGGAUGUCAUGGUUAACACGAAUGCAAUUGCUGAUAUUAAGGCGGAUGUCACACGGAUUGAUGAGUCAUUACAAGUUAUACAAGGUGUUGUUGAUGAUAGUAUUGGUAAUAAUGAAUUAUGUAAUGAUAGCAUUAUGCAGAGUUGUAUUACUGAAGUUCAUGAACAACAAAUGAGAAGUAAGAAUUUAAUUUUAUAUGGACUGGUUGAAGAUGUUGAUGAUGGAAUUCGUAAGGCAGUAUCUGUUACAUUUGGUCAAGAUGGAUCUUCGUUAGCUGAACGAAGUAAGGAUGUACCUCUUUUAAAUAGAGACUUUAAAGUUAUAAGUGAGUUAAUUGACACUUCAAUGGAACUCGUUGGUAAUAAUGCUCAACUUGAAUCAUACACAUAUUCAAGACUUGAUCAGGAAAUUAUUGAAAGAAAAAAAGAUAAUUGUGGAUCAACUUGUUUAUGUGGCCCAGGACCGUACGAUGUAUCAGAGGCAACAGUUUGCCAAAAUGAAGAACCAGCUAUCACAAAGGUUGAAGAAAGGAGAAAAGAACAUUUACAUCAAAGAGAAAAAUGGUGCAUACAUCAUCCAUCAAGUUCAUCAGGGUCAACACCGAGCAUAGGUUUUGCUAAACCUGUUGCUACCUCAGAUAACUCGUCUUCAUUAAAUACAACUUCAAAUUAUUCUUAUUUAGCUUUAAAUAAACAUUCAAACAUUAUAGUUAUAAAACAUUGUAAAAAAGAAUUAUUGUAUCCACUAAAAAUAUUAUUUGAUUGUAUACUUAAGAGUGGUGUAUUCCCUGAUUACUUUAAAGUGUCAAGGGUUACACCCAUUUAUAAAGGCGUGGGAAGAAAGGAUGAUGUUAAAAAUUCAAGACCUAUCACUGUACUGUCUGCUUUGUCAAAGGUCUUUGAAAAGUGUAUGUACUCGAUCUUAUACUCAUAUUUUAAACCAUUUGUCUCAAGUCAACAGCAUGGUUUUCUACCUAGAAGAUCAACAGUUACAAAUUUGGCAAUAUUAAAAGAAUAUAUAAUCAGUGCUUUUGAGUGUGGGUGUCAGGUUGAUGUUAUAUAUACAGACUUUUCAAAGGCCUUUGAUAAAGUAUCGUUUAAUGAGUUGAUUAUUAGUCUUUAUGGUAUUCGUGUACUACAAAAUAUAUGA